AUGCCUCGAUUGAGUCUUCUCUCCAAGCUCUUAAUUCUGGUGAUUGCCUUGGUGACCGUGCUAUACAUCGCAUACCCCUCUUCGCCGUCAGACUGGAAAUUCAGUCGUGUUUCUGCUGGAUAUCAUGAUCUGGCAACAUACUAUUCCCACUUGAGAGCUGGGCAACACAAGGACUCAAGCGAAACCUAUGCUACCCACGAGACUGUUGCACAACUGAUCCAGGGCUCGCAUUCUUCUUCAGAGUUGGAAAAGCCAAAGGACGAACAUGCCGAUUACCCCGAGGAGACUCCGGAAGAGCGACACUGUUUCUCAAGCGGGAUCAAGUCCUCCAGCCCGAUUCCCAAGAUAGUGAACUUUAUAUGGCUCAACCGGACAGAACUCUCCUUUGUGAGCUAUCUAGCCAUACGGUCAGCACUGGUAUCUCUCCAGCCAGAGCAACUGAAUCUGCACUACACAGAUCUCAACGAAAACAACGAGUGGCUGAUCAAGCUGCGCGACAAUAUUACCCUGGUUCACCAUGACAUGAAACAAGAAUAUCCGAGACAAGUGGAGGAAAACUGGCAUCUAGCGCAUGUCUCGGAUGUGAUGCGGCUAGACAUACUCCAGCGCGACGGUGGCAUCUACUUUGAUACCGAUAUCAUCUCGCUGCACCCCUUUGACAACCUGCUGCAUAGCCCCAAAGACAUGGUCCUCGGCCAAGAGGGUCUCACCCGCUUCGGACUUUGCAACGGCAUCAUUUUGGGCCGAAAGGGCUCCGCUUUCAUGAAACGCUGGAAGGAAAGUUACAGCACGUUUGAGGUGGGCGAGUGGAACACUCACUCGGUUAUGCUGCCAAAGGAGUGGUCUUUGGAAUUCCCUGAAGAAGUUUGCAAGCUGGCACCAUCGGUGUUCUUCUGGCCAAGUUGGGACGCUAUUGAGUAUAUGCACGAGCUGCUUACUGAUACCCAGGCUUGGGAUUUUGAACAAACCCUUGCCAGCAAUAAUGGCAGCAUGUACCCGAAUCAGCUUGCUUAUCACGCUUGGCACCAGGUUGCGCCGCAGCUGAACAGCUUGACACCUGAGAUUGUCAUGACGCGGAAUACUCGAUUUAACAUAUUAGUUAGACGAUUUUUAGAGUGA